AGUGGUGUGUAUUUGGGAUUUAAGGCCAAAUUGGCUCAAAUCAGUGGCCGUAUCGACGAGUCGAUAGAUAUCUAUCACAAAUUGCUAGAAGAAUACGAGUUUGAUUUAAUGUCAAAAUGUUUUCAGUUUGAAUUAAUCAUAUCAAACGCUUUGAGAAAUCAAUUCAAUGAAUGCAUUAAAUACGCCCAACGGGUGCGCAAAGGGACCGUUCAUUCGCCCGCAUUCACCACAUAUAUAGAGGCCGUCUGUCGGUAUGUAAAGGCUGUAAAUGAAGACAACGCACGGGAAAUGGAUAUGGCUGUCAAACUGCUCGGAAUUGUGCCGUCAGUUCGCGUCCGAUAUUUUGGCAAAACAUUGACUGUAGAAAAGAUGGCAGUCGUGUCCGCACAGAAGUUUACUAUAAAUGCCGAUCAGAGCGCUGUAUUACCCGACAUGGACAUUUUAUAUCAAUUAAAUAUAUUGUCGUUCAUCGCCGGUAAUUCUCUGCUAUUGAAUAAGUAUAUGAAGAGAAUUGUGGCUGAAUUAGAAAAAUAUGCACCCGAUAUAAAAACAAGUGACUAUUUGGACAACUAUUUGACGGCACUGUUUUAUAAGGGAGUCGUCCACAGACUUCUCGGACAAUAUAGUGAAGCGAAAAAUUGUCAAACAAUUGUUUUUGAAGAAGAGGGUCGUAUUUGUCGCGAGCACUCAAUCCCUCCGCAGGCGGUACUGGAGUUAGGAUUAGUGGAGUUGGAGCUCAACAACGCUCCGGAGGCUAUCAAAUGGCUAGAUAAAGCCAUCAAUGAUUACCACAAUUACAUGAAUGAAAACUAUGUGCAGAUAAGAGCGUACGCCGGGCUCCGGGAGAUCGGCGUCUCUACCGAUAAACACAACGCCGACGAGUCUACGAUUAAUUAA